UCAGAAAUUCUCUCAAACAAAUUAGUUCUUAGUUUUGUAAUAUCUUUUCAGAGCAAGAAAAGAUCAGAAGAGAUAACUAUGGCAAAACAGACAUCUGAAGUGGCCAUUGAAGAGCUGAAGAAGCUUCUCAGAGAAAAAGAAGAGUUUAAAGUUGAAGAAGUGAUAGCUGAGUUACAAAAACAUCAUGACCCUGCUUUGCAAAGAAUCAUACUCGGAUUCACUUACUUCAAGAUCAACAAUUUCGAUAAGAACCCGGAUCUGUAUAACAAACUUGCCAAUGGCCAAAGCCCCCAGUAUCUGGUGUUUGCUUGUUCUGACUCUCGAGUGAGUCCUACAACUAUCCUCCAUUUCCAACCUGGAGAAGCUUUCAUGGUCCGCAACAUUGCUAACAUGGUCCCUCCAUUUAAUCAGCUAAGGCACAGUGGAGUUGGCGCAGCCAUUGAGUAUGCUAUCACUGCUCUCAAGGUACCAAACAUUCUGGUCAUUGGCCACAGUCGCUGCGGUGGAAUCCAAAGGCUUAUGAGUCAUCCAGAAGAUGAUUCUGCCCCCUUUGACUUCAUAGAUGAUUGGGUGAAAAUUGGUUUGCCAGCUAAACUGGCCGUUCUGAAAGAAUAUGAAGGCUAUGAUUUCAAGGACCAAUGCAAAUUCUGUGAAAAGGAGUCAGUGAAUAACUCGUUAGUGAACCUGAGGACAUAUCCAUAUGUUGAAAGAGGGAUAAGGAACAAGACCAUAGGACUGUUGGGAGGUUACUAUGAUUUUGUGAAGGGAGAAUUCAAGCUUUGGAAGCAUGUGACUCAUGUCACUGAACCCAUUACUAUCCCUCUCUCAACCCAUCAGUGAUGGAUGACUCAAACUUGGCACUUUGAAUUGGCACCUCUACAACCUUAAUUACUAAGUUUCUUAUUUAAGUUGUGCUGUUUUGUUCCAUGUCUGUGUGUGAUUUUACGUCCUAAAUAAAUAGCAUCUGCUUUUGAUAUUUCAAAAGUAAAUGUACUCUAAGAAGUAUUACUGAAUUUCAUGCAUCUCUGUACGUGUUUAAUUCAAAUGCCUAAUAAAUGAUGAUAAGAG